CCGUCGAAUCAUGUUACGUAUCACGAAAUUAGAAACAAAAUGGCGGCAAUGACAACAACACAAACAAAGAGCAAGAAAGCAAAUUUUUUGCUAUGACUUGGCCAUCAUAACGACAAGCAGUCAUGAGUCACCGAUCUAAUGGUUGUGGAAAAAAGGGCUCUUCGAAAGGAAGUUCACGGGAGCCUGCCAAAAAAUCUGAGUUUUUCGAGAAGUUUGAACAGAUUGAAAGAGAAUUUACUGCAAUAGAAAAGGAAUGUAAUGGUGUACUCUUUUGCCAUAAGAGUGAAUUCAGAAAAGAGCACUGUGUAUUGGAAGAGAUACAGAUCAAAGCUGACAAUGAUAGAAAGUCAGAGAGGCAAAACCUGAGGCAGCAGUUAGGGAAAAUCAGGAGCAAUGUUGAUAAGUUCCAGAGAGAGUUGAUGGAUGUGAAGGCUUCCCCUGCCUUUGUACAAAAGUUGAAGGAAAUGAUGGAAGAUAUUGAAGAGUCCAUAAUGCACUUCAAGGAUCAGCAAAGAGAGUAUUAUGACACUCUUCUACAAGAUGAGAGAACCUUAAUAAAGGAACUGGCAGCCACCGAGAAGAAGUUUGAGUCCUGGUCCCCGCUUCCUCCACCCAUAACAACUGCUGUGGGCGCCAAGAAGGGUGCUGUGUCAGCUUCACUACCUCCUGCAGUUGCCGCAUUUGAGCGGUUUCUCCUUCAGACUGGGGGACAUCAGGGGGGCUGGGACGACUAUGAUCACAACAUGUUCCUCAAGCUGAAGGCCCAGCACAAGACCCGAGAUGCCUUUCUGAAUGCAGCAGAAGUAUCAAUACCUGGGCAGAAUCUGUCUGACCUGAGACAACACUUGGACUGGUACACAGAGUACCUAUCACUUAAAGAGAGCAAGAAGCUUGCUAUACACGAGUGGAAGCAUGAGAAACAGGCCGAGAAACAGGACGGGGUUAACAAAACCGAAACAGAAGUCGAGGAGGAGGAAGCAAGGCGUCAAAAACGAGAGGAGCUUUUUGAAAAAGAGAGAGCAGAACGUCUUGCGAGACUCGGCGACUACAAGGCCCAACGGAAGCUGGACAAGGCCAAGAGGGAGGAAGCACGACUAAAGGAGGAAAUGCAAAAAGCAAAAGAGAAGGAGAAAGCAGAGAGACGAAGGCUGGAGCUAAAAGCUCAAGUGGAGGAGUAUGCACGGAGACGCGCCGAGGAAGAAGAAAUGCUGCGACUUGCACAGCAAGCCCGGGAAGAGGAAGAACGGAUAAAUAAGCAGCCUACAUCUGAUGACAUGGCGCGCCUUCAUCAAAGAAAUAUGAAGCUAGUAGAAGAAAAGCAAGCCAAAUUAAAAUUCAGAGAAGCCGAAAAAAGGGAAAAGGAAAAGCGACUGCGAAAGCUGACGAGUCAGGUGGAAGUAAAGGCUGAACGAGAUCCGAAUCGACUUUACAAACUCACUCGCGGAUGGGAGGAAAGGAGGAAGGAUGGGACUUCGACUAGCGGUGGGCCAGUAUUACACAUGCCUCACAGAGCUGUUCCAUCAUGGCGACAAGGCUUAUCAUGAGACAUCUUCACCUCCCUGUCGCGGUACUGGUAUCUCAGAUCAUGAGACAUCUUCACCUCCCUGUCGCGGUACUGGUAUCUCAGAUCAUGAGACAUCUUCACCUCACUGGCGCGGUACUGGUAUCUUAUAUCAUGAGACAUCUUCACCUCCCUGUCGCGGUACUGGUAUCUCAGAUCAUUAGACAUCUUCACCUC